AACUAAAAGAAUUCAAGCAAAUAGACGCUUGAUUGUUUAAGUCUCUUUCCCAGCCUAAAAUAUAUAAAUUUGUGAUCAUAAGAAUAUUUCUAAUUCAUGCUUACAAACAGGUUCCCUGAGGUUGCAGAGCUUCUUUCUGGUUGGGAUUUUGUAAUCCAUGGAAGGAUUAAUACUCGCAUGCUUUCUCCGAAAACACGUUAUAAGGCUUACCUUGUGUUCAAGCUGAAGGACGACACUUAUGGAUUUAGAAAUACACCUAUAGAAGCUGCUGUUCUACUUGGAGGAGCUGAAGUUUCAAAGCGAGUAGUGUACGUGCAGGCAGAAAGUGGAAUUGUAGGAAAUGGUGAUCAGUACCCGAAAGAGAGGGGAGAUAAUUGGUUUGAGGUAGAAUUGGGUGCAUUUGAAUUCACCAAAGAAAGAGACGGAGAUUUAGAAAUACUUCUUGAGCGGAGACAUUACGACGCUAAGGGCGGCGUCAUCAUUCAAGGCACGGAGAUCAGGCCAAAUUAGCAGGACAUCACAGGAUUCUCUUUCACCUUGUGUGUUUUAUGUGUGGGAGGAACAUUUCUCCUCGUGUUAAAUUAUGGUCAGUUCUAUUGUUGUCUAAGCGUGGUCUCUUGAUCUUUAUUUGAACAAUGUAUGGCUAAUUUGUGGAGUUAAUUACUAAGUUUGGAGUGAUUUAGAGUAUUUGAUUGUCUGAGAAAAGGAAUGCUUUAAACUGGAAUUUAUGAUUUU